AGUUUUUGAUCUAAUAUUUUUUUACAGUGUUGGUGUUCCGUAGGUUAUUGCCGUUAAACAACAAAUUUGUAUUUUUCUAAAAUUCUUGAAUAUAGUCGGUCUCAUUGAUGGCUUCAGACCGUAUUUCAGUGUUACGUAUAGUUAUAUGGGCUAAUAAAUUUCAAUCAUAACUAUAAGGUCAUUCAAUAAAUCCAAAACUCAAAAUGAUAAAUUACGGCUAUUGAUUGAUGGUGUUAAUAUGUUGAUGUUGGCUAGCCUGUUCCAUCAAACACAACUCUCUCAUCAUUUGAGAGGCGACUGCGAUUUCUCAAUCUGGACUGGGCAAUGGCUGCUGGAUAGUUUUGUUGUAAUUUAAUAAGUCGUGCUACAGUUUCAUUAUGCCAAGGAUAAAAGCAUCGCCGAAGAAAUGCAUUAAAACGACUCACUCGAAUUCUCAGCAGUCUUCGAACACAUGGGUUUUUCUCGUUAAAGGCGAUGCCCUGGACGUGCCGGAGGGGUACGCGGGGACAGGGACGCCCGACGUGGUGCAGCUGCGCCACCCGCAGACGGGGCAGCCCGCGAUGUUCCUCUUCAGUCCCGGGGACGGCAUGGUGCAGGAGGUGCUCACCUUCUCCGAGAACAGAAGGUCGUGGUUCAUCGAGGAGACGGUCAAGUCGGACGGCAAGAUGCACCUGUCGACCCCGAUCGACCCCAUCUUCCUGGUGCUGCCGUACCUGAGGAAGGCGGGCCAGGCGGUGCCCCUGGACCAGCUGCUGACGGACGAGGAGUUCCCGGAGACGGAGCGGCUGCUGCGCUCCGCGGGGCUCAAGCACCUGGCUCAGGUCGCCGACCGCAAAGGGGACGAGGAGCUGAACGCGUACAAGUACAACGAGGAGAAGACGCUGAGCUGGCUGCAGCGCAAGGCGGAGCGCGUGGCCGAGGUGCUCAAGCAGAAGGGCGUGCACGUGUCGGGGGGAGCCGUGUCGGCCAGCUUCGUCAAGAGCGGCAAGCAGGACGUUGACGCUGAGCUGUACCUGAAGUACGCGCACGGCAUCGUGUCGGACUACCUGAUGGAGGACCUGAGCGCGAAGCUGGCGCGGCAGCUGGGCUUCCCCGAGGAGGCGCCGCGCGACGGCAAGCGCAAGCUGGGGGCCACGGCCGCCUCUCCGCCCCCGCCACUGCCCGUGCCCGUGUCCGUGCCGAGCACCGCCCCGGAGCCGAAGAAGCCGCGCGCCGACGACGUCAGCAACGGCGGCGUGCUGGACCUCACCAAGCCCGAGAAGGCAGUGAAGCCUGUUUCCUCUAAAGAGAAGGCCCGGGCAAAGUCCGCAUCGGGCUCCAAGCACCUGUCGUCGUACUUCAAGAAGAAAUAAUGGGCGGCGGACGCAGUGCGACGACCGCUCCUCGUCCUGAAGUGUGCAGCGACGUCGCGACGUGAACUGGACUCGUGUAGCAUUUCACUGUUGUCCACCGGGGGGGCCUCGUGGCAGUCGCGUGCUGUUGGCUGGCCGCUAGGGGUGUGCGAGUAGUCCAUGCACAUGCAGCAGAGAGGUUCGGGUAGCAAGGCAACAUCUGCUGUUCCUUGAAACUUAAUUUGAAAGAAACCAGACACCACGGUGUCUGGAUGUUUUUUUCUUAAAUGUGGUUUAAGAAAUUAUGGAAUGCUAACUGAACUAUAAUAGUUGCUAGUAAAGAAGUAAAGUAGUCUGCUUUUUUUUUUGUUUGUUUGUUUGUUUGUUUUGUUUCAAACUUCUAGAACUUUACUCUCCAUCACUUUUUUUCUGUUUUUAUAUUUUUAAUAAACACAAUGGAGGAUAGGCCUAUCUAGCUGACUACAUGCAUAUUUAAAGAUUACGUCUGUAUCCGUGUACUGUACCAAGUUUUCAUAGAUUUUUCUUAUAAUCAAUAAAACUACUAAAAAAGCUAUGGUCACUUAAUGGCAUUUUUCACGCAGUAGCGAAUCACGUACAACUUUUCACCGUAAAGACGAGAUGAAAAUAUUGAAGAUUUUAUUAUCGUUGUUCUGUUCGUUUACCAAGAUACCAAAUGGUUAAAGAAAUAAAUAGCUUGAAAAUGGGAAAUUAAAUUCUUUGCUACCUCAAACAGUGGUGAUGGACAAACCUCCCUUAUUAACUGUGAUAAUAAAAAGAAAUACAGUAAAGGUUAUACUCAAAUGUUGUAAAAGUUAAUUUUAAAAUUUUACAAAGGAUUGCAAACUUUCAUCAAAAAUUUUGUAGAUGUUGGCACUCUUGCUAAUGUUCCAAUUCUUUUGGAAAUGGCUCCGUGUUUAUUUACUACAGUCCAGUAACCGCGGCAUGUGGAUUUAAUUAAGACAAAUAAUUUGAAUUUAUUGGAAUAAAUGUUUUAAACAUGCAUUGUGGUACACAUUAAUAUAUUGAUGGAUUAGAAACUACAACAUUGAAAUUAUGUUCAAAACAAAUUGCUUUAAGCAAAUGGAAAAUAACCAGAUGUGCUUGUAAAUAUUCACAAUUUUUAUUUUUGAUAUUCGACCGCUGAAUGCAAAUAGAAUAUUAAUUGCUAUUCGCAACUAUUCUUGUUAGCAAAUAUUCUCACACCCCUAGUUGACAUAAUACAUGUUUUUAGUCUGAGGUCCUGAAUUUGUGCUUUUUUUGUGUAUUUAAUUUCAAGUGGUGGUUUUACAACUUCGCAAACAUAAUAACAAUUAAGAAAUUUCACUGCAGAUGUAACCAUCAUGGAAAAGUCACUUUGUUUACUGACAUUGUGACAAAAAUUGACUUGUGUGUGUUGAAUUACUGGAAUAAAUAGUGUUGAUGCUAGACACAAAUGUGGUUGUUUGAGCUGCGUGUAGCAAUGUUGCUAGUUCUUGGAAAAGCAGCUGUGAGCGAGGGGCAGGAAUUAGUGCUCACUCUAGACCACACUGUUGGUUAAUGACAAGUGUGCUCUGCAUCACCAAUCUGCAGGCUGUGUCAUCCGUGCUUCGGGGUUGGUAACCCUGUGUAGCCCCUGCGUUGCAAACAGGGUGGGGCAGGGGUGUUGCUCCGUCCCAGACCUUAGCCGACUCAUUUUGGUGGUAAUCAUAUCAUCGCAUAUCUCAUAGUCUCUGUGAAAAUUAAUUAGAAAUGCACACUAAAAUGAUGGUACUAAUUUAUUAGUUUUUCCUGUGGUUCGUUAUUGUGCAUGAGUCAGUGUUACAAGUUAUACUAGGUUAGUUGUUUUGUUUUCUUGUGACUGCAAAAUUUUCAAAAUCAAGGUUUAUUCAGGUUGGGUAUUGAGGUUUUUCUUUGCCAUGCUUCUGGAAUCUGUGCAUAAUUGGUUAGUAGUUAUUUGUAGACCUUGGUUCUGUCUGCUGGAGACUGGCUGAGCGGAACCUGGUGUGUUAAACCCUGCUUCUCUGCGGAAACAUCCGGUAGUUUGUAGAGACCUCGUCAGGACGCCUCCCGCUGCGAUGUCAGUGCAGAGGAACAGCGUGCGUUCAGGGCUGUGAUUGGAGUAUUGUUGUAUGAGAAGUUCGAGUGUUAUCAUUGCCUUAUUUCUGCAGGGUUACUGGUUGUUUUUGUGCUUGUGAUGCCACGAAGCUCGCCCCGAGUUAACAUAAAAUGUUUAAAACACAAAUUUUUGGUGUUAAAUAUGAUUGAGGUGUCCCCUUUGAAUUUUAGAACGUUUCGUGUUUGCGUUGUUGGGUGCAGUGUGGGUGUGGAUGUUGGCUGGUGUGUUUGAAUUGUAUAUUUUUUUUUUAAUUACUAUGUUCCCAGUGAGUUAUUUUUUUUCUGCAGUUUAAGUUUUAGUGUAGCCUAGUUUUCCUCUGUAAGUGAAGAACAGUGCAUAUUAAUUAAUGUUGAAGGUGAAUAUGUAGAGUUCCACAACCACACUCGUAGCUCAAUGGAAAAUCAAAAGGAAAGCAUUUAAAAGUUUGUUUCAAGUAUACUUUGUGCUGCUCUCUUAUUUAAAACUAGUUGUCACAAUCACGUGUGUGUGUGUGUGGCCAAAUGUGAUGUUUGUCUUGAGUGGUUCUUGUAAUACAUGCAUUUUUUUAAAAAAAAUAUUUGUCUUGUUUUUUUUACUACUUCUUUUAAUAGUUUUAGACUAAGUUUUGUUAUUGAAGACUGCAAUAAUAAAUGAGUUUUUAUGUA